CACACCUGCACCCCGGAAGUGCAGUGACGGCGGCAGGAGCGGCGUUCGAAGGCAUGGCUCAGGAAUUCGGCACAAAAAAAUCCUGCUCGACCUGACCGGUGACCAGCUCGCAUAUAUUCGCGUCGCCAGAGGCGCAGAAGCGCAGAAGCCUCAAAAUCUCGCCAGUCGACUGGACAGAGAAACAAACAUAAAACUAAACCCAAACAUGUCUCUUUCGAGUAUUGUCCCCGACGAGGCGGUCUUUGCAGACUUCAGAAAGCAGUGUUUAUCAACGGACAACUGGUUGAACAAGUAUGACAAAAAUGAAAUGCAAGUGUGGGUCGAACAUCCUCCCGCGAAUAAAGGAAAUCACGUCCCUAAAAUCCAUAAGAUCAAGUGUAAAAUGACAAUCAAAGAUGUAUCAGCUGCGACCAUGUACGACGUCCUUCACGAUGGCCAGUACCGGAAGAAGUGGGACCCCACCAUGUUGGAGAGUUUUGACAUUGCCCGGCUCUCCGCCCAUGCCGAUGUGGGCUACUACUCAUGGCUUUGUCCAAAACCAAUAAAGAACAGAGAUGUGGUGACACUGCGUUCGUGGCAGGUGAUGGAUGACGAGUACAUUAUCGUUAAUUUCUCAGUCAAACACCCGAAACACCCUCCUCGCAGCGACCUUGUGAGGGCCAUUUCCAUCCUCACUGGCUAUUUUAUCAAGCCCACGGGACCAAAUAGCUGUACUUUCAUAUACCUUUCGCAAGCUGACCCCAAAGGUUCUCUUCCAAAGUGGGUGGUAAACAAAGCCUCUCAAGUUCUCGCUCCCCGGGUGAUGAAGUGUGUGCACAAGGCGGGACAGAACUACCCAGAGUGGAAACAGCAGAACUCUCCCGACCAGAAGCCCUGGUUGUACCCAGAGCAGAGCACCCUGCCCACGAUGGACCCCGCUGAGCUGUCGAUACAGAGAGCAGACUCGCUGGAAAAUGUGGAUGAGAGUUUCAAGGUAGAUGCUCAAGACAGCGAGGACAGUAAUUAGAUCACAUCAAAGUGAUGGGGGGGUGGCCAAGAGAGGGACAUUGGGGGGGGGGGGUGGACUGUAUAUACUCACAAAUAGAAUAAGACUUGAGACCUCCAACUCUGUGAUUUCGCCCUCACCCUCCAAUUUUCCAAAUCAGUGUGCCUUUUGGGAUGAGCAAGAGUAUGAAGUGUUUACAGCUGUCGUACCAGAUGGACGCAAGCACAGAUCAAGUUGCCAUUCACCUCAGUCUACGUUGAACUAAGCUAAAUAUCUCUCCAGUGUUCGCCACGGUGUAAUUUCUUUACAAUGUACAGGGUUAAAGGGGUUGGGGUUUGAAUGUGGCAUAGUUACAGCACUACAUUUACAAAGGCUCCUCCGUCAGGCCCUGUUUAGUUGCAGCUACGUAAAAAUACACAUGAACAAAUUCUUAAAUGAGAGGAAAUUAAGCGUCAUUGUCCACUAGUGGCUCUUUGUAAAGGACCGAAUGGAAAUAAGAUCAGUUAGUGUAAGUGGUGAAAGUAGAGUGGUGUGAAAUUUCUGACGCCACAGUUGCUCGUUAAAAACCUUUAUAGAAACAAUUUUAGCUAAAUUUUUUUUUUUUUUUUGGUUGAAUGUCAGAUCAAAAUGAUUGGAUCCUGACCUGAACAAACUUCAAACUCACUCACUCACUCACUCACUUUUAUUUUGUUAAGUCAUGUAAAUAUGGUUAGUAACACUGUUUAAAAUGGGUUUAAUGUUGGAGGGAUAACAUACUCCUUGUAUUACUGCAAAAGUUUGAGUUUGUGCAGCAGCUCUGUGUAUCAACAUUUUUAAUCCAAGAUAAAAAAACAAAAAAAAAAACACUUCUCUGUCACAUUUGCUACCCAUUUUGUUUUUAAAUGUGAAUUUUAUUGGUAAACAUUAGUUCAUUUUAUUUGGUCAUAAUUGGUAACAACUAUGCUGUAUUUCUGUCUUCUAUAUGUAAUACAGUUAGACUGUUUGAAGGUUUGUUGUAUUUAAUCAGAUGUUGUGCAAUCAGAGUGUAUACAUUGUAAUUCUUACAUGUUAUACAGACCAUAGACUUGCAUUGGCACUCAGGGAGAGGACCAGCUUUUGUUCUGAGGAUGAAAAUCUAGUUAGAUUGUAUUGGCCUGUAAAAUGUACAUAGAAAGUUUGCAUUUUUUCAGUUGAAUAUCGCUUUACCUGAAGGAUUGGAAUGACCAUAAAGGAUACUUUUUAUUUUAUUUAUUUAUUUGAAGUUACUGUAACCUCAGUUGAAGUCAUGAUGGAGAAAACGACACUGGAAUGAAGCCCUACAGGCUGAUCUUGUUUGGUUUUUCUGCUAAAGAUGUUUGAUAUGAACAAUGUUACACGGU